AUGUCUAACCCUAUGGAACAGCGUAUCAAUGUUCCAAUUGAUGACCCAAAUGCCGACACAGAAUGGAAUGAUAUUCUUCGAAAGCAUGGAGUUAUUCCUGAGAAGCCACCUAGCCCAACUCCUAUGAUUGAGGAGGCUAUUCUUGAAGGACGAAGAUUAGCCCAUGAGAACCGACUGGAAGGAAAGGACCUCGACGAGUUGGACGAGCUUGAGGAUGAAGAAGAGGAAGCUUUCCUAGAGCAAUAUCGCCAAAAGCGCAUGGCCGAGUUCAACAGUUUGCAAAAGAAGGCCAAGCAUGGAACCGUAUAUCCUCUUUCGAAACCCGAAUAUCAGCGCGAAGUCACCGACGCAUCACAAAAUGGACCGGUCUUCGUCAACCUUACAUCUGGCAUGGGAACAAAUAUUGAGUCUCGAGUUUUGACCGAGCUAUGGAGACAAGCAGCUCAAGAGUACGGCGAAAUCAAGUUUUGCGAAAUCCGAGCCAGCCAAGCUAUCGAGAACUACCCCGACCGAAACUGCCCAACGAUUCUGGUCUACAACAAGGGGGAUAUUGUCAAGCAGAUUGUGACACUUGCAACUAUUGGAGGUGUUCGAACGGGUAUGACACAAGUUGAUAACCUCCUGGUUGAGGUUGGUGCUGUUCCCGACUCGGAUAUGCGUGUUGUCAAGAGGAGACAGGCUGCUGAGGAUGCUGCCGAGGACCGCCUGGCAGGCAAGACUAUCAAGACAGGAACUGCUGGAAGAUCACGAAACGUCGACAGUGAUGACGAUGACUGGGACUAA